ACCCAACAUCGAGAUUCAAGACCACACAAACACUUCCCUAUCCUCGCACCUGCGACAUCAGCCCAAAACUAGAACAUUCACACUUGCUUCUUAUAGCCCUUCAAUUCCCUCCAAAACCUGGAGAGAGAGUAAACAGAAAAUGGGGUGUGCCUCAUCCAGACGAAUUGAGGCAACCGUUGAUGCAUACCGUCCGGCACCAGCAAGCUUCGCGGUCUUCAACAUCAACGACAUCGAGGAGCCAUGGAUCAUGGUGGACGGUGCACAUCAGCAACACCAAGAAAAACCCACGCACGUGCCGGCAACCAUUCUGGAGAAGCUCAACAAGCUCGAGUCCGACACUCCUCACUCGUGGGAUGAAGUCAGCAAGGCCUUGGAAGACCACCUCAAGCCCACACUCCACAACCCUACACCUCCCGCACCCAAUCAAAACCCCAAACCCCCAACAACGCCACCGGCGCAAGAUAGCCCCGACCAACCCCUGAAGAAUGUCCCACGUAAGAGCUUCUCCUUUCACACGCUCGAAGAACUCGACGCCAAGCUCACCUUCAAACCGAAUGAGUUGAGAAAGACCGAGUCAAUGAACGAGUUGAACAAAGCAAGAAGCUCGGUCAAGACCGAGUUGAAGAAAGCAACCAACUCAAUCAAGACCGAGUCACGAGUUGGGGUUGUUCCGGCGACCGAGUCACGUGUUGGGGUUAUUCCGGCGACCGAGUCCGGAGGGUACAAGCCGGUGAAAGAAAAUAUAUUUAUAGUGAGAGACAAGUUAGAGAGAGAAAAAGAAGGGAAAGCUCCGAUUUUGGCAAAGCGGGACCCACUGAGUGACUACCCGGAGAAGUGCCCGCCCGGCGGGUCGGAGGCGGUGGUGCUAUACACGACGUCGUUGGGAGGGGUACGACGCACGUACGAGGACUGCAACCGAGCGAGGUCGAUUCUGGAGUUCCACCGAGUGGUGUUCGACGAGAGGGACGUGUCGUUGCACGGCGAGUUCAGGAGCGAGUUGAGAGAGCUGUUGGGUGAGGAAGCGAGCGUGCCGAGGCUGUUUUUGAAGGGGAGGUACGUGGGGGGAGUGGAGGAGGUGGUGAGUCUGAACGAGACGGGUCGACUCGGGAAGAUGAUGAGCUGGGCACGUGUGGAGAGAGGGGUGGGGAGACAAGCGUGUGAGGGGUGUGGGGGUGCGAGGUUUGUGCCGUGUUUGGAUUGUGGAGGAAGUUGCAAGUUGGUGAUUGGUGAUAAAAAGGAGAGGUGCCCUAACUGUAAUGAGAAUGGAUUGGUCCACUGUCCCCUUUGUCUCUGAUUAUGGUGAUUUUAUCGAAGGUCAUGUAAUGUUGUUAUAUAGUUGAAAUUGUAAUAUAUGAAUUUCAGUUUUUAGAGAAAAAUGGAAAGCAUUGUAAAAUAAAAAUACCAUUUUGUUUCAAUA